AUGACAUCUCCUUAUUCAAAUCGUGUCAUCCGGAAACAAAUAGAAAAGAUAGACUUUGGCUUCUAUACGGAUGAUGAUGUAAGGGCAAGAAGUGUUUGUGAAGUGACAUCUAGUGUGUCAAUUGAUACACUUGGAACAUCCAUUCCGAAUGGUUUGUACGACCCGAGGAUGGGGCCAACGACUGCAGAUAGCCCACCUUGUCAAACUUGUGCUCUCGGAUAUCUCGAAUGCCCUGGUCACUUUGGGCAUAUUGAAAUGUGUGUCCCAGUAUAUCAUCCUCUUUUGUUCGGAAAGAUGCUCGAACUUUUGCGGGUCAAAUGCUUCAAUUGUCACAAAUUGCGAAUACCGAAAAGGCAAAUGAAAGUCUACGAAGCCAAAUUCAGACUGCUGAAAGCUGGCAGAUAUAUUGAUGCCCUUGAGCUUGAUGAUCGCAUGGCUGCAGCAAUGAAGAAAAUCAGCGCUAAAGGCAGCAGCGGAAAAGGAGGUGUAUCAAUCCAAUCUGCCGGCGUAGCAGUCGAUAACUUGCUGGACGAAACCAUGGUUUCAUUGCCGUCGAUGUCUGACAACAGUCACAAGCUCUCGACGCUGGAGGAAGGCAAACUGCGAGAUCUUGUCAGACAAGUGGUGGCCGAUUGUAAAGGAAACAAAAGCUGUUCCCAUUGCGGUGCCUACUCUCCGAAAAUCCGUCAGGAUUCUAGCAACAAAGUUUUCCAGGCUGCGCUACCUGCAUACGCGAAGCGAAUGAACGAUGCUGAGGGUAUUUCAAUUCAACCAGCAUUGACGAAUGGGAAGGAACAAAAUAUUGAUGAUGACAUGGAAGAGGGAAACCCGUCUUCGGAAUCGGUAGAUGAGGCAGUAUCCAGCAGUCGCGAUACAUACAUGCAUGCAUCCGAAGUUCAGGCUCAGGUCAGUCGAACUUGGGAAUCGUCUCCAGAAAUGUGCAAUGCUUUGUUUUCAGUGCAAGGUCGCGAAGUUUUUUUUCUGCAAGCAGUCGCAGUGCCCCCAAAUCGGUUUCGUCCACCAAUGCAUCUAGGUGGGAUGGUUGUAGAGCACGGGCAAAACCAGUACCUAACAAAAAUUUUGCAAAGUAAUGAGCUUGUGCGAUCCAACUUCGCAAGUAAUAGUGAAGCCUUGGCCUACAAAUUUUGGAUCGACCUACAAACCCAUGUUAACUGCUACAUGGAUUCAGCAAAGGAUCCAUCAUUGAAUAAGAAUACAGCACCAGGUAUUAGGCAGCUGUUGGAAAGGAAAGAGGGAAUGUUCCGAAAGCAUAUGAUGGGAAAACGAGUAAAUUUCUGUUGCCGUUCAGUCAUUUCGCCAGAUCCCUAUAUAGGAACCAACGAAAUCGGGAUCCCACGACACUUCGUUGAAACAUUAACAUACCCCACACCUGUGACAGAUAUCAAUAUCGAAGAGAUGCGACGAAUCGUCGAGCGGGGCCCCAAAAAGUAUCCAGGUGCUAGAUGGGUCGAAUUUCCUGAUCGCCGGGUUGACUUGAGCAAAAUGGAUAGUCAUCAAAGGGAAGCAACUGCAGCUCGACUAUUGAGCCAUGCAAGAAAAGGUGGAAAACCAGCAAUCGUUGGUCGUCAAAUGAAAGAUGGGGACAUGGUUCUCAUGAAUAGGCAGCCUUCUCUUCACAAACCAUCCAUUAUGGCUCAUGAAGUCCGGGUGCUGCACAAUCCUACCCAAAAGACAAUCAGAAUGCACUACGCGAAUUGUAACACAUACAAUGCGGAUUUCGAUGGCGAUGAGAUGAACUGUCACUUUCCACAGAGUGAUCUAGCACGGGCAGAGGCCGAAUACAUUGCCAAGACAGACUUGCAGUUCAUUGUUCCAACUGAUGGUUCUCCCUUGAGGGGAUUGAUUCAAGAUCAUGUAAUCGCUGGGGUCAAAUUGACAAAACGGGACACCUUUCUGGAGAAGUGGGAGUAUCAGCAGUUGCUUUUUGCUGCACUUGCGAGUCUCCCACGGCUAGAACUGAUCCGUUCGGAUAGCAACAUCGAAAUGUUGCCUCCUGCGAUUUUGAAACCAAAACCGUUGUGGACAGGAAAGCAGGUCAUCUCAACACUCUUAAAUCAUCUCCGAAAAGGAAAUGAUCGGGACGUUGAAGGUUCAGAAGUACUUCCUGGGAUAUCCACAGAGCGCAAGGCUAAGACCCCAGGUACUGCAUUUGGUAUAGCUGCAGAGGAGCACCUCGUGAUAAUCCGAGACGGAGAAUUGCUGCGAGGUGUUCUUGACAAAGCAGCUUUUGGAGCAACAGAUUUUUGCUUAGUCCAUGCAGUAUUCGAAGCUUAUGGACCUGAAAAAGCAGGAUUGCUUCUGAACUCUCUAGGCAGACUGUUCACCGCUUAUAUUCAGUACUUCUCUGGUCACUCUUGUCGAAUGGAGGAUCUCGUUCUGACAUCGGUUUCAGAUCAAACACGACGUGACCUUGUCAAGGCAACAUUCAACGUUGGUUCUCGGGCAGCGAAAGCUUGGGCUGACUCAGAGGGUGGAAAGGUGGCAAUUGAGUUUGAUGAACUGAAAGCUGAAGAUCCGCUGAAGCCUGUUGAAGCGGCCGCAGCAGCUUCUAAAGUUAGGCAAUUGCUUUCUGGAAGCGAGGGCCAGGGUAACUCAGCAGCAUUUGACGGAUUCAUGAUGUCGAAACUGAAUCCAUUGGCAUCCGAUAUUGUCAAAGCAUGUCUUCCAGAUGGACUUGCCGUUCCCUUCCCGAUCAAUACAUUUGGAAUCAUGGUAACCACAGGUGCGAAGGGGUCAAUUGUGAACCAGUCUCAAGUGUCCUGUUCGCUGGGCCAGCAAGCGUUGGAAGGCCGUCGUGUCCCAAGAAUGAGUAGCGGAAGAACGCUCCCAUCAUUUGCCCCUUAUGAUGUGAAUCCACGAGCCGACGGUUUCGUUAUGGAUCGUUUCCUUACUGGUGUAAGACCGCAAGAGUAUUACUUUCAUUGUAUGGCGGGACGAGAGGGAUUAGUCGACACUGCUGUGAAGACCUCUCGAUCUGGGUACUUGCAACGUUGUUUGGUGAAGCAUUUGGAAGAAUUGAAAGUUUGCUACGAUUAUACAGUACGCAAUGGAGAAGGUGGCGUUGUACAAUUCUUGUAUGGCGAGGACGGCCUUGACCCCACCAAAAGCUCAUACCUUGAUUGUACAGAAAAGUCGUUUGAGUAUAUGGCCAGAAACCAUGAAUCUCUUUCACGUCGACAAAGGGCGCUGGAUAAUGCUUCGAUCGACCUUGUUUCGAAAGAUGUUGACAGAAGUGAAAGUCUGAAGGAAAACAGUACCCUCGAGUUCCAAGUUGGCGACCACGUCCGCGCACGAAGACUGCGGAUUGGCUCUGAAUGGAGAAGAGGAGCGCUGUGUGAGGGAUGGCAUGACGCGACGAUAAUCAAGAAACACAAGAAACACAAGGCCGACUUGAAGUACCUUGAUGACGGACAAAUUGUCAAGUCUGUUCCCUUCCAGGUAGAUUUCGGCAGAAAUAACACAGCAUCUAGCACUUGUGUUAUUGUCACGGCUGCAACUCCUGAUCCAAUAAUUUCUUCGACGCGCUCUCAUCGCCUCGGAACCAGCGGAGCUUGUGUGUCAGAGCGUCUGGCUGGUGCAACGUCGUCACACUUGAGAAACAGCACUGUGUUGAAGAAAGCUCUUGAGAGCACCAAGGUCACUCCGAAGGAUUUCGGGUCAUUAGUUGCAGCAAAAUACGGUGCAGCCCUUUGCGCUCCAGGCGAAGCAGUCGGCGCCAUCGCAGCUCAAUCGAUUGGAGAGCCAUCUACUCAGAUGACUCUCAACACUUUCCACUUGGCUGGAGCCGGUGCAAAUGUAACGCUUGGAAUUCCACGAUUGCGAGAGAUCAUUAUGACAGCUUCAAGACAACUGAAGACACCUACCAUGUCCGUCCCGCUGAACGACUCAGUCUCAGAUUCAGAAGCGCUCAAGCUUACUCGUUCCUUCAAAAAGCUAUCGCUUGGAGAGUUGGUUGCUGGACGCAAGGGAAUUUCGGUGCAAGAGACUCUGCUGCAAGAUGACGGCGGCCAAUGGCAGCGGUCAUACUUUGUCACUAUCAAAUUCCACCCAGCCGAACGCAUCAAGACUGCGUUUGGCAUCGACUUGAAUGAUAUUGCAAAAAUCGUUGCAACGAACUUCGUCCCAGCGCUGGCCAGGGAAAUGAAACUAGAGUUGAGACGAUCCGCGACAGACGGAGACGGGACAAUUUCUGUCCAAGGUGGAGAGGGUUCACCAUAUGCUGCUGCAGCAGGUCAAGACAACGAAGAAGGCAUGGACGAUAGCCCGGGGAGCGAAGAAAUUGCCUCCCUGUUUGACGAUGAAGCGGACGACGAUGAUGUCAGUUCUGACGGCAAUGAUGCUGAAGAUGGUGUGAAUGCUUCCAAGUCACAACAACAGUCAUACGGUGACAAGGAUGACGAUGAAAAGUCGACUUCGAGCACAGACAGCUCUAAUGGCAGUGAUAGUGACGACGAUAACGAGAAUGCUCCAAAAUCAUCACAAUCGACCAAGACCAGCUCCGAGUCGGAUUUGCCAGUUUCGACUUCUAUGUCAUCUUUAAAGGUUGAUGCGAAGAAUAAUUCGAUCCAACUUCGCCCUCUCAGAAUUGACCCCACAGCCCGGCCGCUAUUGAUGGUUGGUUUGGUUGAAAAAGCUGCCAGCAAAACGUUGGUGCGUUCCAGAAAGAAUAUUGACUCGGCUUUUAUCAACGAUGAGGAAGGGCGUGGACGUUGUCUGCAGACUGCAGGAAUCAACUUUUCAGAGCUCUGGCGUCUUGAGAAGAUUGAUCAUUCACGUCUCAUGUCAAAUGAUAUUUGGGCGAUCCGCUGCUCCUAUGGUGUGGAAGCUGCUCGGAACACAAUUGUCGAGCAAAUCCGUUCCGUUUUCGGGGUAUACGGUAUUGAGGUGGACCCUCGUCACUUGAGUUUGAUCGCCGAUUACAUGACUUUCUCGGGUGGCUACACAGCCAUGAACCGAACGGGAAUGCGUGAAAUGAGUAGUCCUUUCCUGCAAAUGAGUUUUGAAACAACAGCACAAUUUUUGACUCAAGCUGCACUUACAGGAUCGGAUGAUCGCAUGGAAAGUCCAAGUGCCAAUAUUGUGGUCGGAAGGCCGAUCAAGCAUGGCACUGGCGCAUUCAGUCUCCUUGUAAAAUAG